AUGAAGUGCAUCGUUGCAGUCAUGAUCGCCCUGGCCGUCACCGCCGCCGAAGGAAGUGCCUACACGUCGUAUGCCGUCCCGCUGGCCUACUCUGUUCCGCAGACCACGGUCGUUCAGCAGAACGUCGCCCCGAAGUAUGUCGUGUCCGAUUACGCCACCCCCUACGUCGCUGCUCCCUACGCUGCCUACUCGGCCUACAACUACGCCACCGUUCCGGCUGCCGUGUCCUACGCUAGCCAUGCUGUCCACCCGGUUGCCUACGCCGCCGCUCCCGUCUACGCCCAUGUGCAGAAGGAGGCUCGCUAUCUGGCCGCUACCCGUGGUGCCGUCCAUGAGGCUCCCCUUGCCGGACAUGCCGUCAACCAGCAGUCGCUCAACCUGGCCCCAGCUCCCGGAACCCUGUAA